ACAGUAAUACACAGAGCGCAGCAGCAGCAGCAGUAACAGCAGUGAGUAGCGCGCACCGACGAAGCGAUUCAAAUUUCUUCCGACACACAAAACCGCAUUUUCUCUUUCGGCUGAGUCCUCAGCGAGAGCGCAUUUGGAUUUUCUGGUGAAGCGAGCAAGUGAAGCGCGCGCGCGCACACACACACUACACUCACACAUAUCGUACACAUUCUCUCAGUGUGCUGUACUUCUCUCUUCGGUGUCGCGUCUCUGUGCGGGUUCGCCUGUGUUUCGUUUCGUUUGUUCGUUCAUUCGUUAUUUUCGUUUUUGCUCAUUGUGAAGAAAAAAAAAGAAAGAAAUGAAAAACAGUGUUUCAAGCAUUUCGGUGUAUUAGCAUAUAUAUAAAAUCAGUUGCAUCAUAGCCCUAAGACUUCAGUCGAAUAAAAGUUUUACGCCUGCUCACAUCUGAGAAAGAGCUGAUAUAUUACAUUGAUAUACAUAUGAUACGAGCGCAUACUGUUUUUUUUGAACAUAUUUACAACAGUUUUUUUUUUAAUUUUUCCGCCGUUUCGUUGUGUUUCGUUGGCCUCUUGCUGGAUUUUUGGCUAUUUUUCCGUGUGUCUUACCAUUUUCGGGUGUUUCUUUUAUUUGCUUCUUUUCUUCUUUUAUUUGCAAAUUGAAACAGAAUUUGCGGAAAAUUUAAUAAAAUGUGUUGAUGGGAAAUGAAAAAUGUCUGAAAGUGAAUUUUCGAAUUAAAAAAAAAAUAACAAAACCAACAACGAAAAAUCGAAUAAAACAAUUAAAUCGAAAUCAAUUCCAUCAUCCAAAGUGUAAUUGAAUAAAGGGAUUUUAUUGCGACAAAAAAAAAGAAGAUCAAUCAGAAAACAAAAACAAUAAGUCAACGACGAAAACAUUUUGACGACGAAUGACAAACCGAAACCGAGUGCAUUUCUAUUUUCAUUCAAAUCACUGAUUCAACGGUGGAUUAUUUUUGCAACACAAAGGAUUAAAACUUGACUAGAAAAUUAUUGAAGUGUUUGUUGUUGUUGUUAUUUUGUUACUGUAACGAAAGAAAAAUACUUACGAAGUAAAAUUGAUUGAUUGCAAUCAGCGAAUGAAAAUAAAAAGCAGUAAUCAAGAAGAGAAAAAUAGAGGCACCGAGUCAAGUGGUUGACUUUGUGAAGUUUGCAACAAAAGAAGAAAGAAAAAAGAGCAAAAAAGAAACAAAUCAAUAACAUCGAAAAAAGGAUUUAAUUCGACGGAAAGUGAAUUUAACGGUGUCAGGCUGAGAAUAAAAAGUGAGAGACCUUCCAAAUUUGCGGAAGGUGAUUUAAAAGAGUAGAAAAAAAACGAAGAGAAUUUAUCGAAUAAAAAAAGAGAAAUAAAACGAGAAAGAAACGAAAUAUAGAACACACACAUCGAAAAUUAAUCAAGUGCCUGCGUAUCUCCGUUCGAAUUCAAAUUAUGCCGUCUGUGUGUCGGCUGUGAUUUGUUGUUGUUGAAGUGCAGCUAUGGAAUCACCUCAAAUGUAUGAUAGUCCGCAACAGCAAGCAAUAAACCAAAUGGAUAUUAAAAAAAUGGCCACAAACAACAAUAACGGUGCAUCGGUGAAUGGUAAUGGUGGCAAUGGUGGUGGUGCACAAAAUCAAGCCAAUCAAAAUACAAACCAAACGGCCGGCACGCUCAACCAUAAUGGUCUGAUUGUGAACAAGCAACAAGGACAAUUGCAUUUGCAACAGGCCACCAACAACAAUAAUAAUAAUAACAAUACAAAUAAUAACAAUAAUAAUAAUAAUAAUAAUGUGCUGCUACAGAAGCAAAUACUACAGCAUUAUUCCGCACAAAGUGAUCUCGAAGAGUUGACGUCUCAGGAAAUUAGCUUAGAUCUUCAACAUUUAAUUGAUGAUCAAUUUCGAGAUCAAGAGGGUUUGGGCAUCUUCUCCGAUCUGGUACCAAAUACACAGAAUAACAACAACAACAAUAAUAGUGGCACACAUGCGAAUGCAAAUCAGAAUGGUUCGACGGCGGCGGCCAAAGUGUUACAAUUACAACAGCAACAGCAACGGAUGAACCAGCAAGUCUAUCCACGUGCAGCUCUCGCAUAUAUGCCACAGGCGGUACACACUGGAGCCACAUAUGCUAACAAUUCAAGCGAUGAAAACAGUUCCAUUGGUUCUGAUGCGACCAAUAUCAAAGAAGAAUUGAAUGAACAAAACUCACACAUGAAUUAUACUUGCUCGUCCUUACAGGAGCCAGUUGAGCCGCAGGAAUAUCGUCGAUUAGCGGCCGCGGCUGCCGUUGCCGUAAACGGUGGCCAAUUCAUUGGGGUGGGCAAUCAAAAUGUGGCCGUUGGCAGCGGUGGUGCCGGUUUAUAUCAAAUACCACCGAAUUAUGCAUCAAACGGCAGCGGCAACACAUUCACCACAUUGUCAACGCCGACGCUGCAUCAUCAAGGACUGCCGCAUUUACCAGGUAAUCAUUUGGCCAAUUUGAAGCACAAACAAAUGAUGAACCAACGCAAACAGAACGGUAAGCAUGUUGAUAAGGGCACCGAUGAAUACCGUCGACGGCGCGAACGCAACAACAUUGCCGUGCGAAAAAGUCGCGAAAAGGCAAAAGUUCGUUCACGCGAAGUGGAAGAAAAGGUGAAAACACUGAUCAAAGAAAAAGAUGCAUUGAUAAGACGUCUCGAAGAAAUGACCAACGAAAUCCAGUUGCACAAACAAUUGUACGUCCACUUAAUGAAUCACAACAAUCCAGAAGUAAAUAAUAUCUGUCGUAAUGUAUUAAGCUUAGUUAGUAACGAUCAUGGCAUGUGAGCGAGCGAACGAACGAACGAACGAUCGAUCGUACGUACGAAAGAACGAACGGUCGGUCGGUCGGUCGGGGCGUGCGAGUGAAAUAGACGACGUAUGCAAUAGCGUAAGGAGUGAAUGAGUGAGCGCAAGAUCGAUACAUAUAAACAUAUAGAAAAUACCUAUGAAAAUGAAACGAGUAGAAAAAGCAAAAAAAAAAAUAAUUCUUAUGAAAAAUAACAAAUAAAAUCAAGUAAAUCGCAUUAAAUUAAGCAGAAUAAAAAAGAACCGACCGAGUAAAGACAGUAAACAACAUGCGCCGCGCGCGAAAGUAAAAUUGGAUUCAAAAAUAUAUAAAUUGUAUAUAGAGGCACAUACAGAAUGAAAAUAACAAAGACAAUGGCAAUGGCAUAGGCUAUACUGGUACCGUGAACACCACUGCAACACCGAACUCGACUUUUCGCACCGCAGUUUUGUCAACAAUUACACACGCGCACACACAGUUCUCAAUCCAAAGAACCAUAGGUUCAUACCAGUGGCGAAAGUGCCAGGACACAAAUAAAAUCGACACACAAGGAACCGAUUUGCUCAAUUAUUUUCAUCGUACACACUUUCUAUCUAUUCCACUCACUGGCACUCCAUGCUUGUAUAUGGAUACUGAUUAAUUCUUUUUUCGGUUUUCUUUUAUUGUCAUUCUUGUUAUCGACUCGAAAUAGCCACAACCAGUCUAGCAAAAUUUGAACAACGACUGAAUUGUCGAGCCCUUUUUUAAUAUCACACACACACACUUGCCAAAGACUUUGUUCAACGAUCAAUCAAUUUUAGUAUCAAAUCAUUGCUAUGACAUGUUGACUUACGCACACACACACAAAUCAUUCCCAUUCUCCAUCCGAAUUGGGCGAACGAUUUCCGAUUGCUUUCCAUCACCAAACUCAUUUACACAUCUAAAUUUUCAGUUAAUUAUGGGCUAGACUGCAAAUUUACGUAUUUUCAUUUUGGUUUAAGCUAAUGUUGGUCAUUGGUUAAGUAAAGAUUUUAUGAUUUCACUGCUUUUGAUUUUUUUUUCGUGUUUAAAUAAUCAAAUUUUGAUUCUUAAAUGAUUUUCCAUUAGAACAAAAAAUGCAUAGUCUAUGAAACAGCACCCGCUUUUUUACCUACUUUGAAAUCUGACGAAGAAUUUACAAUUGAACGUAAAUUGUCCAGAAGAAAACUUUGAUUUACUUAAAAUUUAGAUUGCAAAUUAAACAUUUUUGGGGGAAUUUAAAUCAAAAAUUGAUUAUUCAUUCGAUACAAAGUUUUCAAAUGAAAAAUGAAUUUCACAAAAUAAAAAUCAUUUGUUCCAGUAGUAAUAGAGUGGAUCACACACACUUUGAAUGGUUAAAAAAAACGUUGAAUUGGAUUGAAAAUGGCAUAGGGAAGAUUACAAGUAGCAAAAAAUAGCAACCAUUCUCAAAAUAUGCACCCGUGUACUUGCACGUACACACACACGCUGUUUGGACAGUAAUGCUUGAUCGCAAGGCUUCCCAACCUGCACAUUCAACCAUAUCAAAUGCAUUGAGCUUGAACUUUUGCCGUUGUAAUCAAGAUUUUAUUUUAAAGAUCAAGUCAAAACAAAACCGCACAUUUAUAAUGUUGAAGAAAAGCAUAUUUGUAGCGCUUGAAAAAAUAUCUAAAGUAAAGAAAGACUCUUUACAUAAAAAGUGUCAUCUUUUGUAGUGCAAAUCUGUUUGUACAAGGCAUUUUGGAAUGAAAAAAAAACACUUGUUUGUGGCAAAAUCAAUAAAGAUUCCAUUGGAAGCACACACACACAAAAAAAACAGAUCUUUUCCACUGCACAUAACUGCUGAUUGGGGGUGUUUGCUACACGUACAAUGUCUGAAAUGCAAUAAUUGAGAACGUUUUAGCACAUCCAGUUAUCGCCGAAAAUUCAAGAUCAAAAUGAGAGCAUUGAAUGUAGUGAAGAGCAUUCUCGAUGCCUAAUCAAGAUCAUUUGUUGUGCUGAACUAUUCUGUAAAUCAUUGAAGAAAAAAAAACACAAAUCGCAUCCAAUCUGUUGUUGACAUAUUAUGCAAAGUUCGCAACAUGAAAUCCCGAUUGUAGCACGCCCGUGGAGUGUGACGGAUAUGAAUCGGCAUAUGCACACAGUGAGUGAGAGAGAGAGAGUGAGAGAGAGAGAGAGAGAAUGUGUGUGUGCGAUGCGAUGAAUGUGCGCGUGUAGAGCUCAUAUUUGGUGUGCGAUGCAAGUUGUGUCCAAAAUUCGUCAAAGAAACACAUUCGAUGGAUGAGGCGUAGAAGACGAUGAAAAUGAAAUGAGCGAAAGAAAAAGAAAGAAGAAGAAGAGACUCGGCAUCGAGUAACGCAACGCAUUACAAUGCUAUAAAAGCGACACAUAUAUUAAAACCGAAAACAAAAGCCGAAGCAACGCAGUAAAUAAGUAGGUCAUACAUACAUAUUACUUCCUCGCUUUUUUUAUGUACACGCAUUUUGAAUUUCAUUUUCGUUUUCAUUUUCAUGCUGAUGUUGUUGUUGUUGUUGUUGCUGCUGCUGCUGCUGCUGUUGUGUGUACGCUUUUUUCUUUCUCUUUCUCUUCAGUUUAAUUCGUUUCAUUCCCGUGCGCUUGGACGUAUGUACAUACGAGCAGUGUGUGUGUGUGUGUUUUUGUUUUGGUUUUAUGUCUAUUCCAAAAAUGAAGUACGCGCUCAUGCGUUCGUUCAGCAGUUAUAUUAUAUUGAUCAUGAUAUUUGUUGUUGGUUUCAUUUUUUCCUUCUUCUUCUUCUUCUUCUUCUUCAAAACUUUUUGUUUCGGUUGCCUGGCUUUUUAGCUUGAAUCAACUUAAUUUUCCGUCUUCUCUCUAUCGCUUGUACACACACAAUGAUGACAACAAAUUCGUUGCAUACUUUAUCUCUCUUUUAUGACUUAGUAUAAAUUCUCGAUUGUGUAUUUCAUAUACAACGAUCAUGCACAUACAUGUAUCUAAAAAAAAGUAGUUACAAUUUUACUCGAUUCGCUCACGUUUCGAACACACAUUUCACGAGGCGAUAAGUGUAGCAUAGCCAAACAGUGUGCCAGUGUGCCAGCAGAGCGUGCGUUGCACAUUAUGAACACAGUUGUUAUUUUUUUCCUCCUCCUCCUCCUUCUUCUUCUUCUUUUUUCUGUCUAUUCGAUCUUUGAGUCGCCGUGCACUUUUUUCGACUCUGGCAUUUUCAUCUUGACAAACACACGUCACCCAAUAUGAGACACACGGAUAGAGAGAGAGAGAGAGAGUCUCGGUGAAUUCAUUCAAUUAACGCACAUUUCAUUUUCGCCAUUCACAAACGAAACAAUGAUGAUGUUGAUGAUGAUUCGUACAAAAACACCCAUGCUGCUUUGGAAUUUUCGGGCCGCAUUCAUUCGAUGAAAUGCGAUCUAUGAACGAAAAUCGAAAAAAUUUCAUUCGAAAUGUUACUGCGCUGCGCACGGAUCAAACACUCGCUUGAACUUUAUGCGAUGCCAUUUCGAAAUCAUAGUUUUAUUACGUGUACAGAUAACGCCGCUCGAAUUUAGGCGCUUCGACACAUUAUUGUGUGCGUUUGUAUUGUUGAAGAGAGUUACUUAGUAAAUAAUAGUUUCGAUGCGCAUACGCUGUGCGUAGAAACUUCAAUAACUCGAAAAAAAUAUAUUUGUUUGAAUUAUGGCCUCAAAAUGAGUCGUUGAAUAACACGGAGAAAAAAAAUAAGAAGACGAAAAACUCAUGCCAAAAUCAUUCUCUUGCGCCAUUCGCAACGUGAUGAUUCUUAUCUAUCUGAUACACAAUCAGAUUGUGUUUAUGAAGAAGUGCAUAAAUUCAUAUCAUUGUGUGUAGAAAAAAUUUGUCACUUUUUGAAACGUUCGAACUUUUAUGAUCAUUCUUGAACACUUUUCAAUCAAUUUUUGAUUAUGUUCGAAGAGUGUUCUGUUUAUUUUCGGAUUUUUCCGAUCAAUUUUGAAGAUUUUUCGAUCUUUCUUUGAUCGAUUACCUGAAUAUUCGUUAUUUUUCAAACAUUUUCGAUAAUUUUCAAACGACUGAUUGAAAUUUUGAUCAUCAGCAAACAUUUCAUGUUGGGAGAAUUGCGUUAAUUUUGUAUAAAAAAACACCGCGUUUCUGUAAGGAAUCCAGAAAAUUUAAACAAUUUUCCGAAAAUGCUUUUGGUUUCUGUUUUUGAAAAAAUUCAAAUUCGUUUUUAUUGUCUGUCAAAAUGUCUUCUUUCAAAUCCAAUUUGAGUGUCAAUAAAACAAAAUCCAACUGAAGUUUCAACAAAACUUGCCAUUUCAACCAACUCAAAAAUUUUGAGUCAAAAUUGGUUUUCAUCCGAAAUUCACUCGCCUUUGAAGCAUGUAAUUGACAUGAUGUAAAUCUCUGCUGAACAAAGCAAAUGACGAAUUCCAAAGAAGCGAGUAAAUUUCUCCAGGAAAAAAAAAACUACAAUCAAAGUCGAGUUCAUAUCCACUCCAUUAACAACUGCCCAGUAAAAAGUGUGUGCUUUUACUAAUUCUAUUGGUUUGGAGUGGAGAGAGUGAGUGCUAUUGAGAUGCUAAAUAUGAUGGACGCGCAAGAAAGAAAAAAAAAACGAGAAAAGAAAACCGAUCAUUGUGAUUGCUUUACUGUAAAUUAAUAGCCGAAUAAGCACCAGUUACCUGUAUUGUAAAAAGAAAGAAAAAUUCUGAAAAAUGGAUUCUUUGUGCAAUAACUGAUUUAUAUAGCAAAAAAGGAGGAAAAAGAGCCGAACCGACAAAACCGGCUGGCUAUACAGGGGGCCGGGAUAGAAUGUUACUAAAUGAUUUCUUUUCCAAAAGACAUAAAUCGUUGGUUACCACGAAAACGGGUAUUUUUUCACUUUUUUUCUCUCUCUCUCUUAAAAUAUGUUUUUAAUCUAAUUCAUUUUGUAAUAAAAUAUAUACGAGAAGAAUAAAUAUAACGAUUAGCGCGCAGCUCAUUGUGGCUGGUGCUUUGCAUUAAGAAAGUUACCUAAUGGUUUCUGCAUUAACGAGUGAAAAAAAAAGAAUAGAAAAUACAAGAAACAAAAACGAAGUCGAUGUUUCACUUUCAUUUCGAAUUGCCAAGACCGGCACAACAGUUUGUACAAUUUCGAUAUAUUUUGGACUGAUUAUAUCAUUGAUAACAUACAAAAAAAACACAUAGAUAGAACUCGAAAAACCAACCAAAAAACCAGAAACCAAUUGGUUCAGAUACAAAAACGAACGAACAACAACGGCGACAAAAUAUUUGGAGUUGCAUUUAUUGAACUUUCUGCGGUUGAAAGUGAGAUUAAAUAAAAGCGAAAUUUCGAAAAGGGGAAAAUUCAGAAUAACAUAAUUAUAGAAUUUAGAUGAAAUUUUUGUUUUAUUUUUAUGCACAAAUACACGCACCGCGAAUAACCACCACUUCUUACCAUCACAUUUGCAAAUCAUUACUAUAGAAUUUUUUUUCAUUAGUGUCUUUACCAUUUAUCAAAGAAAAAAAACAACAACAACAUCGAAUGUCCACCACAAUCAAUUCGUUUUACUUCUUUAGUUUUGUUUUGUAUAAGUAUUCAUUCAUUAGUUUUUCUUUUAGGUCUAAAAAAAUGUUAAGAAUGUAAAAUCAAAUGUGUUUUUUUGUUGUUGCUUUUCUCUUUGUUACAAUUGAAAACAAAAGAACUACACACAUUUUGAAUAGAAGAAACAAAACAAAAAUUGUUAGCUAUUAAGUUUAAGAUUUGAUGUAUAUCUGCGCAUUUCGGUUUGUAGCUUUCAUUCGUUUUUAAUUCGCUAAGGACAGUGUUUAAUUUCCAUUUUUUUUAUGGUUUUAUUUGCUUUAUAUAUACAAGAAAAAAAAAAUGGACAGUUUUUGCAAAGCAAUUGCCCAAAAAUAAAUGAGUUUUUUCUCUGUUCUGUUUUUAUUUUUAUUCUCUAUUUUUUCGUCAAUUAAAUAUUUUUUUUUCUUGCUUACUUGUAGACUUAACGAAGAAAGAAAAAACCUUUGUAAUCGUAACAAUUAAGUUUAUUUAAAGAAAUAAAGAAAAUGAAUAGUAUUCAUUGAAUACAAAAAAAAACACGUUGAAUAAAAAAACAAAAAAGAAAUCAAACGAAACGUUUUUUUCAAAGCGCCGGGCAAGUUACCAAGGUUAUAGAAUAGGAUCUCUGGAUAUGCUUGUGUGGGUGUGUGUGCAACUCGAUUGGAUGGAAGUGAAAAGUGCAAAUUGAUCAUGAUUUCAUUUUGGUCGCAUUGAAUGCUGACUGACGCAUGUUGGUCAAUAUGCAAAUUACUUGGGUAAAUCCCUACUUACCAAAACGCAUCCGCAAAAUUCAUUUCACUUUUGUUGUUUUUUUUUUCUCGCACUCUUCACAUGUCUAACGGUUGCAUCCAUUCACACAGCUAAGCUGAGAGCGAAACACAAGCAAAUAUAUACAUAUGUAAAAUAAUGAUAAUAAUUAAAAUAAUAAAAGAAAACAAUCUAUUGUACAUGUUUUGGUUAAUUUGUUUAUUUUGUCUCAUUUUCAGUUUUAUUUGAUAAGAUUUUAUUUCAUACGCAUAUUUAAUUGAAUGAAAAAAAUGAUGAAGAACAACAAAACAAAAACAUGUCUCUUUAAUUGGUUU